CGUUGUAAUUCUACGGAGUGUUUUUUGUGUCGCGCUCCUCGUCUGAUUAGAUCAGAGUACCGUUUUAUUUUUAAUACACUUAAAACAUCACAUUAAGGCAUAUUUUCUACCUCAAUCCCCCCAAGAUGGCAGGGAAUUUCUGGCAGAGCUCACAUUAUCUGCAGUGGGUUCUGGACAAACAGGAUCUGAUGAAGGAGAGACAGAAAGAUCUCAAGUUCCUCACAGAGGAGGAAUAUUGGAAGCUACAGAUAUUUUUUGCCAAUGUGAUUCAAGCCUUGGGGGAACACUUGAAACUCAGGCAGCAGGUCAUCGCCACGGCAACUGUCUACUUUAAACGUUUCUAUGCCAGAUACUCUCUGAAGAGCAUAGACCCUGUGCUAAUGGCCCCCACGUGUGUGUUUCUAGCCUCUAAAGUAGAGGAAUUUGGUGUUGUUUCGAACACGCGCCUUAUUUCAGCAGCAACAUCUGUGUUGAAAACAAGGUUCUCUUAUGCCUUUCCAAAGGAGUUUCCCUUCAGAAUGAAUCAUAUCUUGGAGUGCGAGUUCUAUUUACUGGAGCUCAUGGACUGCUGUCUGAUCGUGUACCACCCAUACAGACCGUUACUGCAGUAUGUGCAGGACAUGGGUCAAGAGGACAUGCUGCUGCCGCUGGCUUGGAGGAUAGUGAACGACACCUACAGGACAGACCUGUGUCUGCUUUAUCCACCAUUCAUGAUUGCACUGGCCUGCCUGCACGUGGCCUGUGUGGUGCAGCAGAAAGAUGCCAGGCAGUGGUUCGCUGAGCUCUCUGUGGACAUGGACAAGAUCCUGGAGAUCAUCAGGGUGAUUCUGAAACUCUAUGACCAGUGGAAGAACUUUGAUGAUAGGAAGGAAAUGGCCACUGUGCUCAACAAGGUGCCCAAACCCAAACCCCCUCCAAACAGUGAGACUGACCAGAGCUCAAACGGGAGUCAAAACAGCUCGUACAGUCAGUCCUAGAGCGGCCCCAGCUGGAGGACCCGAGGCGGAGUGAUUCGGAGAGACAAACACAGCACAUUCUGGCACACCUGAACGCUGCUUUACACAAGCACAUCGUUUUAUGACCGUGGGGAAACCGAUUUCUGGCACACAUCCUCUCUCCUUUCCUCUGGGCGUUUCCAGCAAUCAGAGCAGAUAGAAUGUUGCCACUUCCUUCCUUUCUUCCUUCCUUCCUUCCUUCCUUCCUUCCUUUCUUCCUUCCUUCCUCCCACCAAUCAGAGCAGCUCGUGUCAGAACUGCUCACCAAUAGGAUAUCUGCCAAGCGUAAGGCUGUAGUCUUGAAUGUUAUGGACACACACACAAACGCCCCUUCAUUGGGUAUCUGCUUGAUUAAGAGGGGUGCUGUUUUCCCAAAUCUUGUUAGUCGAUGGUCCUGACGUCCUUGAAAAGUCCCAUGAAGCAUUCUUUCAGCGGACGCUCUUUGGGAACUAAGAAAACUUGAUUUUUUUUUUUCCUGUCUGAGAGCGACGAAGAGAGAGCUUAUGUUUGUUUAAUUGCAAAUGUAUUUGUAUGCGUGCCUCUCGUUGACCAUAUCACAGUUUGUAUUCCUCAGGGAAACGGAUCAGUCCUCUCUACAAAGUGGCUGUCUGUAAACUGAUUGGCCACAGGGCUAUGUGACGGCGAUCUUUUGAACCCUCGUACUGUGUAAUCAAAUCCUGAGUGGAUAUUUGACGUGCGUGUGGAUGUGAGUUAGAAUGCACAAGUGACACAGAUAGUUGAGUUGAUGACUCAAACGGUGUUGUAAAUAUGCUUUCCAUAUAUAGCCCUUGACUUUGUUUUUAUCGUUUUUCUCUUAUAAAUUUACUGAUUAUGGUAUAUGUGUACUUGCCAUAACCCAAAUGCUGUUUUUUUGCUUUCAUUCUGUUUUACGUUGAACUGAUGUCUUUGUAAUCUGCAGCACAUUAAAGCGUCCAUAACAUUUAAUGGAGAACAAGUCAAUAUCUUGAGAGAUUUUGGAAAUAAUUUUGAAUAAUGGAGCUCUGCAUCCUGGUUAUCAAGUCCCUCACUUUCCAUCAUCAGCAUUUUCCACUGACGUCAUUAGUUUGAGGAACACGAAAUUAAUUGUGGAAAGAACUUACAAGAUUUUGCUGUGUUUUGAAUGGCAUUUUUGUUUUUUGCAUCGUGUCUCCUUUUUGUUUAGCUGUACUUCAGGAGUGUUGCCUCAUCUUUGAGUGAACUUGCAUAAAUGUGGCCCCUCUCUGUUUUACAGUAUGUAUUAUUUGCCUGUAAAUAUAUUUGAUGGUGUGAGAGUUGGAGUGAGAGGACUUGCAGUGUCCUUUAUUUGUUUGUCUAUAAUGGAGCUCAGAAGCCUUAUUGAAUAAAGCUGCUGUUGAAAAAAAA